UAAGGAGAAAGCAGUCAUUUUUGGGAAAAAUUUCCAAGAGCUGCAAAAACAUAUGCGACCACUAUAACUUCAUGGGAUCCUUGAUGUUACUUAACUGGCAAUGUUUUGCUAAGCUAAACAUUGAACAUUUUGUCUAUGCUUCUCCUAGUAGCAAAAUUGUUGCUCUUUUCUCAUCAAUUUCCUUUUCAAUUUUGAUAGAUUAGCUCAAAUUUCAUGCUCCCAAGUUGUUGUCUUGAUAUCUUCUUUAAUUUUCUCAGAAUUGAAAAUUCUAUGAUUCCCUUUCUUGAUUCAAACUCAAAUGAGCGUGUUAUAAAUAAAUCUGAAGUAGCCAAAUUUGCGAGCUUAUUUGGUUGUUCUGUUUCUUUUUGCCUAGGGUUUUAGUUUUGCAUUCAGAGUUGUGUUUUUCCCGUUAAGUGAGUUUUCGGGUCGGGUCCAAUGGCUUCGUAUAGGCCAUUUCCACCACCACCACCACCGCCACCAUCUCAGUCAAGUUAUGUUCCACCACCACCACCACCUCAAAAUCAAAACCCUAAUAAUAAUCAAAGCCAAUACUCUCAAAAUUGGGGGGGUUACAGUGGUGUAAAUGAUGGAUCUUCUUAUACACAGAAUUAUCAACACCACCACCCUGGUUAUGUUCCACCACCUCCUCCUCCAUCAAGAAACCAAUAUCCACCCCCUCCCCCACCCCCUUUGGAUUCAUCGUAUCCGCCCCCACCACCGCCUUCCGGGCAGCCCCCUCCACCCCCACCACCAAUGUACUACCCACCCCCACCCCCACCACCUACUCAACCACCCUCCCCACCACCACCCCCUAAGGAAAUUAGGCAUAGUGGAGGAGAGAAAAGGCGAGAAUCGGGGCAUGGUGGUAGUAGGUCUAAACAGGUUCCACCAUUGCCUGUGAAAAAGGGUAGUAGAGUUGAGAGUGAGGAAGAGAGGAGGAUAAGGAAGAAGAGAGAAUUAGAAAAGCAAAGGCAUGAUGAGAAACAUAGGCAGCAAUUGAAAGAAUCACAGAAUAGGGUGUUGCAGAAAACACAAAUGUUGGCGUCCGGUGUGAAGGGUCAUGGGUCGAUUAGCGCAUCGCAUAUGGCUGAUAGAAGAACUGCCCCUUUGUUAAGUGGUGAGAGGACUGAAAACCGGUUGAAGAAGCCGACCACAUUUCUUUGCAAGUUAAAAUUCAGAAAUGAAUUACCAGAUCCGACAGCGCAACCAAAGCUUUUGAAAUUAAGAAGAGACCCAGAUCGAUUUACGAAAUACCAAAUCACCUCAUUGGAGAAAAAUCACAAGCCUGAACUAUAUGUUGAACCAGACCUUGGAAUUCCGCUUGACCUUCUUGAUCUCAGUGUAUACAAUCCUCCCAAGGGUGUAAAGAUACCGCUUGCUCCAGAAGAUGAAGAGUUGUUGCGUGAUGACGAUGUUGUAACCCCCGUCAAGAAAGAUGGCAUAAAAAAGAAGGAAAGGCCAACUGACAAAGGUGUUUCUUGGCUGGUCAAAACACAAUACAUCUCCCCUCUUAGCACAGAUGCAGCAAAACAGUCUCUGACUGAGAAGCAAGCUAAAGAUUUGCGAGAAAACAGAGGUGGCCGCAACAUCUUGGAGAAUCUUAACAAUAGAGAGAGACAAAUCCAGGAGAUCAAGGCUUCUUUUGAGGCAUGCAAGUCACGGCCCAUUCAUGCGACCAAUCGCAGAUUGCAGCCUGUCAAAGUCCAGCCACUUUUUCCCGACUUUGAUCGGAUUGAAGACCCAUUUGUGCUUGCGAAUUUCGAUAGUGCUCCAACUGCUGAUUCAGAAACCUACAGCAAGUUGGACAAAACUGUUCGUGAUGCAUAUGAAUCACAGGCCAUUAUGAAAAGCUUUGCCGCUUCAACUGCAGAUCCAGAUAAACCGGACAAAUUUCUGGCAUAUAUGGUCCCUGCACCAAAUGAGCUCAUGAAGGAUAUGUAUGAUGAAAAUGAGGAUAUCUCAUACUCUUGGGUUCGGGAGUAUCAGUGGGAUGUACGAGGUGAUGACAAAGAUGAUCCUUCUACAUAUGUUGUGGCGUUUGGUGAAACAGAGGCCCAUUACGUGCCUCUUCCAACAAAGCUUGUUUUGAGGAAAAAGAGAGCUAGAGAAGGAAAAUCAAAUGAUGAAGUUGAACAUUUCCCAGUUCCCUCAAGAGUAACAGUAAGGAAGAGACCAACAGCUGCUGCCAUUGAACUAAAAGAAGAAGGGGGUUAUACAAUGGCUUUGAAGGGGGGUGUUUCAAGUUUUAAGAGAGGAAGAAUCAGUCAUGAAGAUGCUGUCGGUGAACAACAGAACGAUAUGCAUGAUGGUGAUCAAGAUCAAUCUAGUGGUGGCGAGUACGAUAUGUCUGAUUGAUUCCUGCUCAUUUAUUUCAGCUGAUUAGAUAAUUUACAUAGAAGAGAAAAAAGAGAGGGUAGGUACAUGAGAGAAGGUGCAUAAAUAAACAAUGCUUUGUACUAUAUCUGAAUUUUGCUCUUUGAAAAGGUUGAACUUUCAACUACUUUGCAUA